UGGAUGUGUUGACUGUAGCCAACGUGCAUAGUGAGAAAUAAGUCAUUUAAGACUCUGUAACAACUGAAAUAUCUCGGGUUUUGGUAUUUUUCUUUUAUCGAGAGUAAGAUGGCAAAUACAAACCUUCAGUUCAAGACAAAUUAUGAAGUUUCUAGCAAGAUUGAACCUUUUUACAAAGGAGGAAAAGUGCAGAUCAGCAAAGAUGAGAAUUACAUUUUUUGCACCUGUGGAUCUCGUGUCAAUGUUUUGGAGAUCAGCACAGGGAAAAUCGUCCACAGCAUUGAACACGAUGAUCAAGAGGACAUCACAUCAUUUGCACUCAGUUGUGAUGAUGAGCUGCUGGUAACAGCCAGCAGGGCCCUGCUGCUGAAGCAGUGGGACUGGAAGCAAGCUCAGUGUACCCGCUCCUGGAGGGCCAUUCACACUGUGCCUGUAGCCAGCAUGACCUUUGACUCCACAUCCACGCUCCUGGCCACAGGUGGCUGUGAUGGCACGAUAAAGCUUUGGGAUGUUGUGAAGCAAUACUGCACCCAUAACCUUAAAGGGUCAUCUGGUGUUGUGCACCUGGUCGAGUUUCACCCAGAUAUCAGCCGCCUGCAGCUCUUCUCUUCAUCUCUGGACUGUGGCAUUCGGCUGUGGGAUCUGAGCUCCAGCCAGUGUGUGUGUGUGCUGCAGAGCCACUACAGCGCUGUCACCUCUCUCAGCUUCAGCUCCGAUGGCGACACCAUGAUCAGUUCUGGCAGAGAUAAGAUCUGCACAGUGUGGGACCUGAAGACCCAGGAAGCCAAGAGAACUGUACCAAUCUACGAGGCUGUGGAGGGUGUUGUGCUACUGCCUCAGAAACAGGACUUCUCUCAGAUCGGAGUAAAGAGCGAAGACUUGCAUUUCGUCACAGCUGGCAGCAAAGGUGUGUUGAGAGUGUGGGAGGUCAGCACUGCACGCUGCGUUUACACCCAGACCCUACCCUCCACCCUCAGCCCCGAUUCUGAGGAGGAGGAAGAAAAGGACGAUGACCCCCGCAGCCUAGUGUACCUCAUUCACCUGCCUGCCUCCUCCAGACUGGCCACAGUCACUGCAGAGCACAACAUACUGCUCUACCAGCUGCCUGCUCUCACCACACAGCAACAGUUUGUGGGCUACAGUGACGAAGUGCUGGAUGUGAAGUUCCUCGGUAAAGGUGACAGCCACAUCAUAGUGGCCACCAACAGCUGCCAGAUCAAGGUGUUUGAGCUGCUCACCAACAGCUGCCAGAUCCUUUACGGACACACAGACACAGUCCUCUCACUGGAUGUGUUCAAAAAGGGCUUUCUGUUUGCAAGCUGUGCGAAGGACAGGUCAGUGCGUGUGUGGCAGAUGGACAGCGACAGUGGGCAGGUACACUGUGUGGCCCACGGCUCCAGCCACACUAAUGUUGUUGGUUCAAUCACAUGCUCCAGGAUGAAGGCAUCUUUCAUAGUGUCUGGUAGUCAGGACUGUACUGUAAAGGUGUGGGAUCUCCCUGAAGACUUGUCUACGACAGGAGGGGAAAUACAUCAGCUGACUGCCCACUCCACAGAGAAGGCACACGAUAAGGAUGUAAACAGCGUUGCAGUAUCACCCAAUGACAAGCUGCUGGCAUCGGGCUCCCAGGACCGCACAGCCAAGCUGUGGUCCUUGGCGGGGGAGGGGACCGUGGCUCUGCUGGGGGUAUUUCGGGGUCACCGUCGCGGCAUCUGGACCGUCUGCUUCUCUCCUGUGGACCAGGUGCUGGCCUCCUCCUCUGCAGACGGCACCACCAAACUGUGGAGUCUGCAAGACUUCAGCUGCCUGAAGACAUUUGAGGGACACGAUGCAUCAGUUUUGAAGGUCAUCUUUGUGAGUCGAGGCACUCAGCUGCUCACUAGUGGCUCAGAUGGUUUGGUAAAACUGUGGACCAUAAAGACCAAUGAGUGUGUGAAGACGCUGGACGCCCACCAGGACAAGGUGUGGGGUCUUCACGCCAGCCGCAAAGAUGACAAGAUGAUUACUGGGUCAACAGACUCUAACAUCACAGUGUGGGUGGAUGUGACUGAAGUGGAGCUGGCAGAAGAGCAGGCCAAGCAGGAGGAUCAGAUACUCAAGCAGCAGGAGUUGUCCAACUUGCUCCAUGAGAAGAAAUAUCUGAAGGCUCUGGGCCUCGCUAUCUCUCUGGACCAGCCUCACACUGUGCUCACAGUUAUCAAAGCAAUCCGUGAGGUGGAGGAUAGCCACAAGCUGCUGGAGAAGACAGUGCUGAAACUUCGCGUGGAUCAGAAAGAGUCACUCCUGAGGUACUGCGCGGUGUGGAACAUGAAUGCCAGGAACUGUUUGAACGCCCAGGCUGUCCUCCAGGUGUUCCUCACACACCUGCCACCCGAGGAGCUGCUACAAUACCAGGGCGCCCGCACACACCUUGAGGGACUCAUCCCAUACACAGAGAGACACAUGCAGAGGAUUGGCAAUCUCCUGCAGAAGUCCAUGUUCCUGAACUACAUGUGGCAGAAGAUGAGAGUGGCCGGAGCACCAUCAGGCAUGGGCCAAGAUGAAGAAAUGGAUACCACCCCGUUUGAGGAGAGCCAGCCUCUAUUUAUGAUUGACAAGGGGAAAGAAAAGGGCAGCAGUGGGGAGAAACAAGACGGAGAUGACAGCGAUAGCGGACAAGAUGAAGAUCCAAAUUGCCCCAUCAAGGAGGAGGAAGAGGACGACGACGAGGUCAGCGCCACCAAGAAAGCCUCCACCAACAUCAGGCAAGCGGAAAACGGAAAACAUGCUAAAACAAAUGGCAACCACCACUCUGAAAGUGAGGAGAGUUCAGACGAGGAAGAUCAAGAAGAGAGGGAUCAAAUGACGGUAAAAGCAGUGAAAUGUCUUCCAGAUUCUUCCACGCCACAGUGCCAGACAUUGACCAGCUGACGGAUCACCGAGCUGAACACUCCUGGAGUAAAAAUCCCAGGGCGUCUUCUUAUCUCGGACCAUUAACUGGAGCGACGCACUUAAUGCGUGACAAUGUUGAGGGAUGCAGAGAAACAGGUGUGGAAUUAUACAUGUGCAUUCCCCUCUGAGCAGCUUUCAAUCUUGUGCCAACACCCAACAUGUGCACCAGUACUUCCAUUCAGACUCAAAAUCUUCAAAAUCUGAAGCUUAAUCACCUGGAUUUUCAGACAAAAUGGGCAGUAGGGGAGGAAGGACAGAUAGUAAGAAAGUAAAGACUGAAGGAAGAAAGAUCAACAUUCAGGCAAUCAGUCAGGACCAUCUUCCCCUACAGCAGAUACCAGCACCCAUUGUCUACUUCUGCAAUGUUGCAUAGUCCUGAUCUACCGGCUCUACCACAACAACACAAAAGGUUCCUUAUAUAAGCAAGAAUUUUUUUUUAAUGUCGUGACUACAAAUGUUUAUAAAAUAAAAAUGUGGA